CGGGGGCGGGGCGAGGUUGCCAUAGCGACGGGAAAGCGGCCGUGCGGGAGGAGUAGGCCGCACCAUCCGCGGGAGGGGAGGAGACAGGUGUGGCCCUGCAUAUGAGGAUCUGUUUCACACUAUCUUUUCUACCCAGAGCCAUCGGUGCCUGCAAGACAUCAGAGGACCCACCAUCUCCUAUAUCUAUGGCAUUUGCACCUCCUAGAAACAUGGAUGGCCCCAAGCUACAGACCAAGAUGAGCACAUGGACUCCACUGAACCAUCAACUCAUGAAUGACAAGGUUUUUGAAGAAAGAAGAGCCCUGCUUGGAAAAUGGUUUGACAAGUGGACAGAUGGUCAGAGGCGGAAGAUCCUGGUGGACCUGUUGGAACGCUGCUCCCCGUCACAGCAGAAAUUCUGUGCCAAGCAGCUACAGGAUCGAGUCCCCACCGAGGCUCUAGAUUUUACCACGAGGCUUCCUAGAGUCCUGUCUUUAUACAUCUUUUCCUUCCUGGAUCCACGGAGCCUCUGUCGAUGUGCACAGGUGAGCUGGUACUGGAAGUACCUGUCUGAACUGGAUCAGCUCUGGAUGCUGAAAUGCCUGCGUUUUGGCUGGUACAUCAACUUCUCUCCAACCCCCUUUGAGCAAGGAAUCUGGAAGAAACAUUACAUUGAGAUGGUGAAAGAGCUGCAUGUCACCAGACCAAAGACUCCUUCAAAGGAUGAGUUUGUAGUUAUUGAUGUGCAACCGGUAAGAAGCAACGUCCCAGAGGCAAAACUUUCUGUGCCAGGAAGGAGGACAAAUAAGGAGAAAAAAGUGCUCCCACCAUGGCGUUCAUCAGACAGGCAUCCUACAGACACCAUCCGAUUCAACUACCUCGACAACUUCGAUCCCAUCGAGCAGGCUAGGCAGGCGAGAAAGAAAGGAGGAGGGGAGACCCCGGACCUUAGCCGGCAGGCAGCUGAGAAAAAAAAGAGAGCGGGUCAUGGAUCUAAUAAGCUCCAGAAGGCAAAAUCACUGCUAUCACUUUCCGCAGAUCUUGAGUCUGUUCCAAAACCACCAGUUCGGCCCAGCUGGGCCACUCACCAGUCAACUGGGAACCUGCCCUGCAAAGCAGCAGCAAAGACCCUGGCCCAGAGCUCCCAGUGGAACGCUGGGAUACGACCAGCACCUGUUCGAGCUCCAGUGCCAAAGCCACGUGAAAGAGAGAAGAAAGACUUCACAAGGAUGAACACCAGGUCUCCAUCAUCCCCAGUGUUUGAGGCUCAGCCCUGGCACAUUCCUCCAUCUAACCAAGGAUCUGAUACAGAGUAAGAGAGGAUUCAGAGUAUCUUUCAUCCCAGCAGAAAGCAGCUCAUCUGCUUGGCACUGGGGAAACAACAGUGAUGUUAAUCAAGUCAUGGACUGUGCUCGGUGAAAGAACAGCUGCUUUUGAGUCCUUCAUAAGGAUCCAGCUUUAUUUUUUUUUUUCAGCUGCUGCUAGAGGACACUUUCUUCAUUUACCUCACCACACAAUGCAAAGAAAUGGGCACGGAGGUCCUGUGUCUAUUCUCACUUAGGCUGGCCAAAAGAAAUCCCAACUGCCUCGUAGCCAGUUUAGACAGAAAGCUGUUGGAGCAAUGGCUUUAUCCUUUGUUUUGGAAGCACUGUACUAGGUGCAAUGACUCCUGCCUGCCUUGGGGAUCUCCAGGUGGGAUCUCCCAUUUCCAAGCUGAGUACAGUCUAAGUCUCUUUUCCUGUUGUGCUUCUCAGCCUGGUUUCCUAUCACUGCUGCUCUUGAGCCGGUGCUAUAUUCUCUUUUUCUUCUGGGUGUGACAUUUUUGCAGAGUUCAGCUAGGCUUUUGACCACGGAGACACUUGUGUAGGUCCUUGCUACAGCUGCUGGACCUCAUGUGAGCUUGCCUGUGUGUCACUCGGACAUCUUGGGGCAUAUCCCAUGGCCUGAGGUGCUCUGUGAUGCUUUGCCAGUGAAUUACAGAAGUUGUCUGUCCCUGUGGGCACUGAGGGGACUGUGAAGACAAGGGAGGACUACCAGCCACCUGAGUGAUGGAAACUGUACCCUCCCUACAAAGUGAGAGGUUUACCACUGAUGUUUACGUGAUUCCUCAGCUAUAACCUACAGCCCCUGCCAAAUCGGUGAGACUGUGAAGAAAGCACCACAGCAUCCAAGGGAAAAGCCUUUAAUACGUGGGAGAAAGGAAGCUCAGGGAAAAUACUUCAAGAAAAACCUAGUUAGGGCUGUACUGAAGACAGAAUUUCUUUCUCAUGUUAAACAAGGCAACUCCAUCUUUUCAGUCAUGCUAGUGAGAAGGAAAUCAAAUCCCACACUCUGGAUUACAGAAUUGUACAUGGCUCUGUGUGGGGAGCUGGCACUAGUCUAAUUCUUUAAGAGAAUGUAAAUCAUGUGCUCUUAUUUGUCUUGUCCACAAUUAAGGAAAUAUCCAGUAAAUGUAAAGAAUAGCAGUUUUUAAGGAUAAGGGGACUGAAUGCACAGCAAUGUAACUCAUUACCUUAUCAUAUCCCAGAGUGAGAAAGCUGGGAUAAAACCGAACCUUUCCACGUGUUAGGAACUGAGUCACACUAUGCCCAUGAAUUCCCAACAUUUAUAGACUAGAAAUCAUGUCUCAGAGAAAAUGCCAACUACUGAUCAUCAGGGAUUAGGAGAAGACUUCUGAUUUGUGAGCAGAUUAUUCUGCACCGUGUCACUUGAGGGUUUCACGUUUUUUGGCGCAAGAGACGUUGACCGUUGCCAAGACCAGGCACUGGGCACGACGCGCCAUGGAUCUGACCUGAAGGGAGAGCAUCCAGCAGGAGCCUCUGCCCGUUGGGGUACUUGGUCGAGUGCCAGGUGAAUUCCAGCUCCAAAUCAACGAUUGGGUAACUCAGUGCAUCCCCCUCUCCUAGAAUUUGUUCUUUCAUUUUUCUACUUGCCCUGAUGCUUGGAAGGGGGAGUUCAUCUCAACCAACACGGUGGCCUAAGGGCUUGUGAAGUCUGAGCUGGUCACCUUUCAAGAGAGCAGCUGAAAUAGGAACCUGCAGAUGGCAAUUAUCUCGUAUAUUUUAGGAUCUGUUGAUUAUGCAAGAGGCCAGACUGACUAAUUUUGAUUAAGAAAGCUAACCUUUGAGCAUUUACAGUGAGGUGGGGUAAAUCCCAUCUAAAAUAUUCAUCAGCAUCAUUCCCUGGUAUUGCAAACAUCUCCUUACAAGCCUUUUCCUUCAGGAAACCAAGUUUAACUGAUUUCUUCAUGGGUGUUUCCUUGGAUUUUUAAGUCCAAACUGUUGUUCCAGCUUUUUUUUUUCUUUUUUUUUUUCUGUCUCUGUUAGGCAGUGUGUAGCUUCUUGUGGCAGCAGUUCAGCGCUAGGUCCAUGUUACAAACAGCACAUGGCUACACAAGGAAAUGAUGUAACCCUGCAGCAAUGGUUUUUCUUUUCUCAUCAGUGAGCGUACUCCCUAGAAACGUAAAGUUCCCAGGGUCUGACUGGUGUGGGAGCUGAGUGCUUGGGCAUUACUGCAGACACUGUGCCUUCGCUGCAGCAGAUCAAGUGCUCACUAUACAUUUUAAGGCUUAAGCCUUCUCUGAUUCAUAAAGUUUUUGUAUUGAUGAUGCUGUCAAAUAACUAACAGUAAUGUCCAGGAAUGUACCAAGCCAGGUGUCCUUGAAGUAACAGCAGACCUAUAUAACGCCUUGAUGUAACUCCUACUGAUUAUGUUAUUAGAAUAAAAAUGCAUGUACUUAUAA